GUUACUGUAAUGUUGCUUCUUUUUCAAAGCAAACAAUCACACAUACCUUGAUUAAACGUUAGUUAAUUUAAAAUGUGUUUUAUCAGAAAAUAUUAAAUAGCCUUUUAACUUCUAUUAACUGGUUUAACCAGAUUGGUAAUAGCUAACCAAAACGACCAUGUAUUCUUCUAGUUGGAAUCAAGAGACUAAACUAAAAUUAAAUGACAAGGUUUCUGCCAGUGUAAACGAUAUGGGCUCACUUAUAAGGCAUGUUGUAAGAUCUUCCAAAUCGCCAGAGAUGCUGGGCCAAGCAGCCAGGAAUUUUUGUUCUCAAGAACACUACAUACAGAACUCCUCUGAGACUCUUAUGAAGAUGGGUUUGAUAAAAGCACAGUUUGAGUUCCAACAAUCAGCAAUUGAAAGAAGUGUGUCAAGUCUAGAAGAAAUUCAAGAUCAACUAAAGACAAUCCAAAGGUGAUGCAAACAAUGGAUGUUAUGACUGCGAUUUGUCAUCUGCCUGACCAUUUAUGACGGAUGGAGUCUAUUUAUUCCAAAUUACAUGUGCAAUAAACUUUCUCAAACAUUCACAUUGGCAAAUGUCCACAAAUUCAGUAUGAAAUUUACACAAUAUAAUUUGUUUGGGUUUACCACAUUUUAAUUAGCAUGCUUAGUUUACUUAAGGCUUCUUUACAGGCCUAAUUCAUUUAUUGCAACUAAUCAUUUUGUGUUUCAAAAUAAUUGAGACUGGUAAAUGAGUUAUUACCAACUACCAAAGUUUGUUAAUGCCCCCCCCCCCCCUGUAAAGAAGAGGGUGUAUAUUGUUUUGCUGGAUGUCAGUCUGUCUGUCUGUCUGUCUUGUCUGUCUGUCGGUAGACCAGUUUGUUUCCAAUCAAUAACUCAUCAACAAAUUGACAAAUUGGCUUGAUACUUCACAUGUGCAUUGGCCUUGGACAGUAGAUGACAUCUACAGAAAUAGGGGUCAUUAUGUUUAAGGUCAAGGUCACUGUCACACUAAGUGUGAAAUUUUUUUCCAAUAGUUUAAUCGAUUGGCUUGAUACUUUACAUGUGCAUAGGCCUUGGACAGUAGAUGACCCCUAUUGAAAUUGGGGUCACUAGUUCAAAGCACUGUUUUGGGGGCAUAUGUCUCUGACCGCGGAACUCUUGUUUAAUUGUUUUUAGGACGGUGUGAAGACCGAUUUUUGUUAAGCUUAUUUACGGCGGAAAAAAAUCUGCACAAUUUCCUUGCUGUAAAGGUUUAUAUUUAUGAGUUUAAAAUUCCUCUCUUUAUAUACCAGUUAGCUUAAUUUUCUAUAAAAUUGACUUAAUUUGGGGAAAAUGUGACUAAGAUAGAAGCAUUUUCGUAUACUUGUAUGUUCCAAGUUUUUUUCCAGCUAACCAAGUUUGAGGGUAACACUAGUAAGCAUGUUAAGAACAUCAUUUUAUGAAUGCUUUAUAAAAACAGAUAAUAUGCACAUAUGAUGAGGCUUAUCAACAAAUAUGUACUGCCCCUUUUGUCUUAAAAUGUUCCCAUCUGAAGGACCAUGUCACCUUUUCCCCAAUUGUAAUGUCAAGUUCAGUCUAUAUGAAAAUAUAUAUUUUUGGUCGAUUCUAUGUAUUUGUUUUUUGCAAAAUUAAAUGUUGGCAGAAGAGAUGUUAUAGUUACAAAAACGGUAAGUCCUAAUAAUGUAACUUAAAACAAAAAUAAGCAAUAAAUAAGUUAAAUAACACACCUAUUAUCUUUGGUUAUUGUUGAAAAUAGCACAAACACAAGUCAAAAAUAGAUUUUGCUAUGAUGAAAACUGUAGUUUUUUAAAUACUCAACAUGUGACAUUUUCCCCUUUUUUCAUGUUUUGUCAUUUCCCUUUUAAUAUUAUAUCCUAUUUGUAACUUAUGUUUGUGUAAUUUCAGUUUAUUUCAGCCAUCUGAAACAUUUGUUUUUGGUUACACUCUGCAUAACACUUCAUAUGGCUUUAAGUUGUGCUUGGAAGGCUGAUACUAUUCCAUAUUUGCUAAAAUAUCAAGAAAUUCAGAAUGUGUGUUAUAAACUCUUUCAAAAUUCACAAAAGAACACGGCUACACUUUCUCAAAUUCAGAUGAUUCUUAAUAGAGGCACAAAAACAUUCAAGAUCAUGUUUCAUUGUGCGUGGUUAGUUUUGAAGUGUCAGUUGAUGCCAUUAUUGCUAACUUUAAAAGUUUGACGUAUUUUUUUGUAAAAGAAAUGGCUGGCAAAGCACUUUCACUUCAAAAACGAAUAACAACACACAAUUUAAUUUAUGUAUCUCAUUUUUUGCUGACUAUUUGGCACAAUUAGCAUAACUUUCAAAAUCCUUUCACAAUCAAGAUCUUAACUUUUCAGAAAUUCACCCACUUCUAACAGCCACCAUUGACUUUUUUACAGAAUUAAGGAUGGCAAAUCUGGUGAUAAUAUUGCAAUUUAUGUGACUCAAUUCCAUCUUAGCCACAAAUUGAUGAUGGCUGCAUUUGCACAUUCACAUAUCCAGGGCAUACAAUUCAGGAUGGGGCAAAUUCAAGACAGGAAGCCAGGAAUAUUUGUGUAAAAUUUGUUGAAGACAUGCCUAAAAGUCUAAAGAAGAGAUUCCCUUAAAAUAAUGAUUCUUCCAUUUUGACUGCCUUGACAUAUUUGUUUAGCCCUCAAAUUAAGGAAAAUGAGCUUGAACAUGAAAUAAACACACUUUUUAAUUAUUUUACCUCUUUUGGUCAUGAGGGAUCAAAACUGGAUGUAAAACCUUUUUCAAAAUUCUGCAGGGCCAGUGUUUUGAGUGAAAAUAAGUCAGUAAACAACAUUACAACUGAGGCAAUUUUGCCAUAAGAAACUAUGACACAGGCAAUUUUGCCAUAAGAAACUAUGACACAUAAACAGGCCAUUCUGAAUAAGCAUGAAAAUUGCUGGAAGCUUGUGUGGCCACAGCUGACUGCGAGAAGUAUUUAGCAAGCAAAACCUAAUAAAAAGAGCUCUCAUAAAUUCCACACAAAUUGAAAACCUGGACAAUUAAAUGAUUUUUUCCUAUUGACAGCCCAGCAAUCAAACAGUUUGCUUUCUAAAUUUGGGCUGGCAUGGAGUCAAUUCAAAUGGUGAAAUUCUGUUAAACAUGUACAUGUAUGUUGUUUAGGAUACUUACAGAACGUUGAAUAUGUUAGUCCUUGUAUAUUAUGUUACUGUUUAUGUGCUGCAAACAUUCUGUUAUGAACAUAAACUUGAUGUUUGUAUUGUUUCGAUCAUCUGUCAUGUUGAUUGAACAUGUACUUGAGUUAUAAACAUUUAUAUCUUUUUUUGUUAAAAAAUGUGAUUCGUUCAUGUACAAUUAUAAAAUAUGUGCUUGGUUUAUGAUGUAUGUAUAUCAAAAUAUGUUUUUUUGAUUGCAAAAUGAGAUUCUGUUAUGCACAAUAAAAUGAUGAUUAUAGUAAUUAAUAUAUUAAAGUGUUAUAUUGUUA